AUGAUGCUCCGGGAUGGCUCAACUCAGCUUCUCUGCCUCACGGCCAGCAGCGGGGUUCCUCUUUUCACAAGAGGGGCCUCCAAACAGCUGCCCUUCUCUAUCAUUGGGUCCUUGAAUGGUGUCCACAUGUUCGGAGGAGGGCAGGGAGUCCUUUUGUCCUGCUGUGAGACAGAAGGUGGAGGGAAAGUGGUGUGGAGAGUUUUCCAAGAAAGUGUGAUGCUCAUUGCUGUGAGUUGUGGAUCCAUCUACAAAGAAGAUAAGGUCAUUUUACACCGUCUCCUGGAAAACGUAUGGAACUGCAUGGUGCUCGUUUUGGGCCAGGAUGAGCUGAUGAACAUCAGAAAUGUAGAAAGACUGAAGAGGGACUUGAGGUCCUGCUUCAGGCUCAUUGAUCUGCUGCUGGAGGAGAGGCACCAGGGCUUCCUCGGAGAUCUAACACACUGUGCUGAUUCACUUCUGCCUCCGAACCCGGCUCUUCUUCAAGAGGCUCUGGACGGAUUUACCAAGGCCGCCGACAGCGAAUUUGGAUGCCUCAUUGUCCACGGGCGCAUAGCCACAGCAACAGAGAAGUGGUGGCGCCUGGCACCGCAGGAAGUCGUCCUCCUCUCCGCUUUGAUGCGUUCCCUCUCCGCAUCUGGAUCAGCGUCUUGUGAUUACCCAGUAUUCCUUCCUCAGGGCAGCCCUACCGUGGCCCACCGCCUGCUUCGCUUCCAGCUCCUACCCGGAGCAGAUGUGUGCGUGCUGUGUGGUCCCACCCCCUCUUUGCACAAAGCCCAGGCCGAGCUCGUGGGUUGCUUCUGGUCACCUCUGGUGGAGACCCUGAGAGACUGCCUGGCUGUCGGAGAGCGUUGCUUGCCGAGCUCUGUGUCCCUGCGGCCUGAUGUGCUGGCGCUUCUUCUUAUUAACCGUGAAACCCGCCGCUCAGUGGCCUGUGUGCACGCUUCCACCCAUCACCCGCUCAGUGACGCUGUACCCUCCAAAGCCCGAUGCUGGGAGCUCCUGAAACUCUUCUUCAUCUUCACCAUAUCACGCUACUUCUCCAAAGAGGAAGCGCUAUCUGUCCCGCCAGAGGAGAGCGCUCAGAGAGAAAACACCGAAGACUUCAUCAGUGGAUUCUCCCACCAGCCCCAGCAGUGCUAUUUAGUCACAGAAGAAUGCAAAAGUUAUGGACUUCAGACACCGCAGCAUCAGCUCUUUCUGCUCGUAUUACCAUCUGUGCCCACCUUUGCCCUCCGUACAGCUGCCACACAGACUCUGUCUGAUAUAGUUGCUGCCACAGGGUUUUAA